UGGGGGGGUUAUGGCGUCAUGUCUGCAUGCUGGGUGUUCGUUACUGUCAUGCUCAACCUGAAGGAUUGUAGCUCUUGGUCUCCAUACGUUACUGCUGGUUUGAUCGUCCUCUUCAUCAUCUGCUUCUGUGGAGGGCCUGGGGGCGCGUCGGGCACUCUGAACAGCGAGAUCUUCAUCCAGUCCAAUCGAGUGGCUGCUUUUGUUCUCGUAGGGAUCCAACGUUGGUCCGUACUAGCCAUGCUGGGCCUUGUCUUUCCAUUUCUUAUUGAUGCGCUCGACUCGUACUGCUUUGUCAUCUUUGCCUGCAUGUGCAUGCUGGGUUGUCUUUACAUGUUCUUUUUCCUGCCUGAGACAAAAGGGAAGACGCUGCUGGAGAUUGCUGAUGAGUUUAAAGCCAUCACCGUCUGUGGGAAAUCUUUUCUAGAUGACAGCAGACUGGAGACUCGGUUAUAGGAUGUGCUGCAUCUAUAAUGGUCGUGUAAAUGUGGCUGAACACACGAAUGACCGAUCACACUG